AUGUUCGUCUCUAGUCUUGAAACGACACCGCUAUGGGUCUUUGUAAAGAUUGGAAAAAAGAGUAAAUUCUGUCGACGUUUUGAACUUAAUAAUAUGCCUCGCAGCCGUAGUAGAAGCAAGUCUCGGGAUCGCCGAUGGCGUUCACGUUCGCGGGAUAGGGAUGAACGAAGAGAACGCGAUAGACGGCACAAGAAAGAGCGACGGCGGCGCAGAGAUUCGGAUCGUUCAGAACGGAGUGAAGAAAGUGUUGAGGCGCUUCUUAAACGCGAGAGGAAAAGGAACGGUGGCAGUUCCAAUUCACCAAGUACAUCGCUCUCAGCUUUAGUAAACGAGUUGGGAGCCGGUGCAAAAUUUGACGCUUCGCAGCUGAGUGCUGCAGCUCGCGAGUGGUUAGAUGCUAGGAUAACUGAACAGGUCAGCGCUCGUGUUGCCGAUUUGGAAUCUCUUGUUCAGGAGCGUGUUAGUAAAUCGCGCGCUGAACUUGAAGCUAGACUUCGUGUGCAGAUUGAGCAAGAAAUGAUGCAUGAGGUGGAAUUAAGUAAACGGAGAGAGGAGGAAACGAAGAAGCGGUGUCAGGACUUGGAAGAGAGCUUAGGACGGAAAAUGAAAGAGCUCGAAGAAACUGAACGGAAAUUGAAAGAGGAGCGCUUGUCUAUGUUAGAAGCGAAAAGUAAGUGGGAAAUGGAGAGGAAUGCCUUACAAAGGGAAAAGGAUUUGCUAACUAAAACAGAGCAAGAAGCAAUUCUCAAUAAGGGUGGAAUGCUGAGGGCCCCAAUAAAGUUGAAGUUGGGGUUUGGGAAAUGA